AUGUCUGACAACGAGCUUGAUGCUGAGCUUCUCGCCCUUGCUGGCGACGACAGCUCCGACGACGAGAGACCAGACAACAGACAGACACAACCCUCGUCCCCCUUCGAACAUGCCGCCUUGUCUUCAGAGCCCGAUCGCUCUCCUCCUCGUCGCUCUCUUGCCCAAAAGUCAAAAUCGCGCUCAUCUGCUGCUGCUAGAAGAAGGAGAAAGGAUGAUUCCGAGGAAGAAGGUGAAGCGUAA